AUGGCAAGUAGAGCUUCAGCAAAAGUAAGCCUUUGGAAUUCCGACACCGUAUACGAGCUCGGACUCUGUAGAGCGUUGGAACAUACUCUUGGCAUUUGGCCGACCAGUUGUCAAGAUAUUUUCUCAAAAGUACGGCUUUCCAUCGUGGCAUUUUUGGAAAUAUCGAUGGCGAUGAAUCUGCUUCGUGAGAUUUUGACGGGCUGCGUGAUCGUCGACGAAAUGCUAAAUUUUUUGGCUCUUGCCGCAUAUGCGAUAAUGGCGUUGCUCAAGGUUGGGGUACUGCGAAUUAAUCGAACGAAAAUGGAGCUGCUAAUUAAAUCAGCAGUCGACGACUGGUCGACGAUCGAAGAUUCGAGCACGAGAGAAACGAUGAGAAAAUAUGCUCGAACUGGAAGAUUCGUUUUCAUAUUUCAAUCGGUAUCAGGUUUCUUGUCAUGCGUCCUCAUAGUGUGGCCGUCGUUUGGACCUUUCGUAGCAACGCUCAAGAGCCCUGAAAAUCGUUUCGAACGUUCCAGCGCCGCAAGCUUUCACAAUUACUCUAAUUUUUCGUCGCCUCUGCUGCACGAAGAAAAAGAUAUAGUUUUGCCGUGGAGCCUCCCAAUGGGGACUAGCUGCUUCACUUACGAUAUUCCCUUAAUAUUUUACGCCCUUUUUUACACCCUUCAAACGAUUCAACUUUUUUCUACGUGUGCCGGUAACGUUGGCACGGACAUCUACUUUUUUUCUAUCAGCAUGCACGUUUGUGGACAGUUCGAGUUACUCAAAAUGAGAUUUGAAAAUUUCGGCGAAAUUCCUGACUUCUGUGUCUGCCAUGAGCAGGUACGCGCACUCGUGAGGAGACACAAUCAUCUCAUGGAGCUUUCCAACAACUUUGAAGACAGUUUCAACCUCCUCAUACUCGCUCAGCUCUUGACCAAUGCGCUCAUUAUGAGCCUCUUGGGAAUUCAACUUAUAAUGAGCAUAGAGACAGGGGACGGUACAACUGCGAUUUUAGCUUUAAUAUCUUUCUACAUUCUCAGCCUGCAAUUGUUUUUGUACAGUUACGCCGGGGAUUAUUUGAUGAGCCAAAUUGAAAAAAUUCGUUUCGCUGCUUACUGCGGUCCUUGGUACGAUUUAUCCCCGACGAUCGUCAAAGAUCUGAUGUUCGUUAUGUGCAGAAGUAAUCGCACUUUCAAUCUGACAGCGGGCAAAGUCGUUUGCAUGAAUAUGGACAAUUUUAAAAAUAUUUUCAAAACCAUGGCCUCGUACUUUUCUGUCCUGAAAAUUAUGUUUGACGUCUAA